AUGGUCAGAUCCAGUAUUGACGGCAACCCCCUCGACCCUACUUCCAUGGACCACCGCACCUCACUCGAGGGGCACCACCAGAGUCAGGCAGAGACGCAGAACCCGAAGGAUUCCCACGAUUUGGUGGAUAGAAAUGUCGCCCCAUCGCCACAGGCGACGUGCGCGGAACUAGCCCACCAGCAUGCUCUCGAGGAUCUUCAGAAGAGCAAUGAGCACUGGCUUGGACAGGACCAGCUUGCAGAAAGUGCCAUUCUUCCUACUCCCAACAUGGACCGGAGCACUCGAUUCAACCUCCGCAAGCCUGAUGAGUAA